UAUACAAAAAAACAAAUAUAUUUUUAUACAAAUAUAUAUAGGUUUAUAUUUUAUAUUUUACCACAUUUAGAACGAUCGAAAGCCAUGYCGCUUUGUACUUUGGAUCGACUCAUCACCAUCUUUUCGCCAGGGGGGCGCCUGUACCAGGUGGAGUUCGCAGCCAAGGCAGUCAACAGGGAUAAUCGCACAAUGGUCGCCAUAGCGGGCGCCGACUGUGUUGUGCUGGUCGUGCAGAGGAAGCCGCUAUCUAAAUACGCCGUAAAAGAGACUGCGAAUCGCAUUUUCCGCAUCUCAGAUGUAUUGGGAUGUGCGGUGAUUGGACGCCAAGCCGAUUGCAAAUCGCACGUGCACAGGGCCCUCCAGGAGGCGUGCGUGUUCCAGCACAGGUACGGAUAUCCGAUGGCUGCCGACGUGAUGUGCCAGCGCUUGGGGGACAUCAAUCAAGUGUAUACUCAUGAUGCGAACAUACGUCCGCUGGCCUGCUCGAUAAUCCUGAUCUCGUACGACUUGCAGCUCGGGCCACUGAUCUAUAACACAGAUCCCUCGGGCGUUCCAAUUGGCUAUCGCGCCUGCGUCUUCGGCAGCGCAAUGCAGCGCGGCAAUUACUACGUGGACAGCGUGUACAAGCACAAUAUGAGCAAGGACGAGACAGUCAAGCUGGCCAUUAGAACCCUGGCCUUCGCCCUCGACAAGGAGCUGAGGGCGACCGACUUCGAAAUGGCAAUGGUCACCCAGUCGAAUCCCUAUUUUCACAUCCUAACCGAAUCGGAGAUCAAUACUCAACUCAUCCGCAUGACCAAAGGCCGAAAGCGCAAAAGGUGUUGCUAAGCUCUUACUAAGGGGCUGUUGAGCCAAGGCUCAAAUUCAAUUAUAACGAUUAUCU